CUGCUGCCGUAGCCCACAGACUAGACAGCAGCAGCAGCACGAAUAUCCAACACCGGGGAUGGUCUCAUCACUUUUAAAAAACACUAUCGACGUUAUAUCUCCACAAAAUGAAGUUCCCUUACUCAUAGGUUCGCGAGGAUAUGGUGAGGAGAAGGUGUCCCAUGCUGCAUUAGUGGAACAGUGACAUGCUGGCCUGUCUGCCAGCAUCAGGUGACCCUACCAUCAGACUUCUCUCCCGCACGCAGAUGAACACUGGACUUCAGAAAUGGGAAACUACACAGAAGAUGAGAUCUGCCAACUAUCCAACCCCAGCAGAGUUGGAUGCCUAUGCUAAGAAAGUUGCCAACAACCCUCUGACCAUCCAGAUCUUCCCCAACAGUGUCAAAGUACCUCAAAGGAAGCACAUUCGCCGCACAGUCAACGGGCUCGACACCUCCUCGUCCAGCCAGCGCCACAGCCCCUACCCGUCUCAGGUCUGCUCCAGUCGGGGUCUGCUGGCUGUCCUUCGUACGCCCGCCAAAGGCGUCAAAGAGUCCGACGCUAGCCGCACCCGGCAGCUUCAGAAGGGCGUCAUGAACCCUCACGGAGGGCCGUACGCCGCUCAAAGCACUUUAAAUCUUCCUCAGCCUGCUCCGCACCUACAGGGCCUGGCUCAGCCCGCGGCCCAGAAGCAGGGCAUGGUUCACCCACAGGCGCUCCAUCAAAGCGUGACUCAUCAGAUGACUUUACAGCUGCCUCAAACCGUGCCGCACCCACAGGCUUUACAGCAUAGGAACAUGGCUCAUUCGCAAGCUCUGCAGCGGCAGCAGAGUCUGUCCCAGGUCCAGACACCGCAGCAAAGAUUGGCUCCUGCGCAAGGCAUCCCGAGGCAGCAGAGUCUGCCUCACACCCAGGCUCUACAGCAGCAGCAGCAGCAGCAGCAGAGCCAGUCUUGUCCACCAGUCGCACCUCAGCAGCACCUCUCUCAUCUGCAGACACUAAAGCAUCAGGCGGCUCCCCCGCAAGCUUUACUUUCACAACAGGGAGCCACUCAGGAUCUGCGCCACAUGUCCGAUGGAGCCCAGCUUCCGAGCCUCCAGCACAGCCAGGGGCUGGUCGGCUCCCAGCCGCCUCCCCAGGCCGUGGGCACAGGACCUCCCGCCGUGCCCGGCAGCCUCCAGCAGCCCACGCCGGGGGCAUACGGGCCCCGGAAGCUCCCCGACGCAGACGCCCCACCAAAUGUAACUGUAUCUACCUCCACCAUCCCACUGUCCAUGGCGGCCAGCCUGCAUCAGAACCGGCCGAGCGACCUAAGCAGCAUCGUGCACCAAAUCAACCAGUUGUGCCAGGCGCGGGCCGGUAUGGGCGCCACCUCGGUCUGCGAGGGCCAGAUCGCGAACCCCAGCCCCAUCAGCCGCAACCUGCUGAUCAACGCCAGCUCCAGGGUGUCCUGUCACCACCCGGCACUGGGCUCCGUGCCCAGCUGCCUCAUGGUGGGACCCCCAGACAAAGCUACAGCUCAGACUCCCAACGCUGCUCUCCAUUCACAGCCCAGUAUUGCUGCUACUAAUAGCAUACCUGCCUUUCACGCAGACCCAGAGAAGGUACAUCUGCAGCAGCAGCAACAGCUGCAGCACCAUUUACAUCAGCAGAAACAGCAGCAGCAGCAGCAGCGCUCCUGGGCCCAGCAUCAGCUGGCCCACAUGCAGCAGCCUCCCGAGGGGGCACAUCCCUGCAAGAACCCAAGGAUGGAGCCUCCGAGCGAGUGCGCCUUCCCCUCUCGAAACCUCAGCUAUUCCAACAAGCUGCCCAACACCGCACAGUCCUUUCCCCUAAAACACCCCGCGGAAAAGCCGCGGCCUUCGUCCCCCGUCAACUGCCCGGUAGGUUCUAUGCCUUACGUUAACGGCCACUACAUGCAGCCGCCGUGGAGCGGCAUUCCCGCCACAGCAGGUAACAAUGGAACGGGCCCUCAGGACCUCCCGGUGGCCUUCCAGGGAGGGCAGGCCGCCGCUGCCUCCACGGACCGCGUCCGAGGGGCGAAGUACAGGCCGGGGAAAGAGGGUCCUCCCGGCCAGCCCAAGAUGAUGCAGAACGUGGAUUUCUUAGGAGGGGACUUCCAGAUGCCCAGCUUCCAGGAGCAGAACAUGGCUGUGUUGGAGAAGAUGCACAGGUCAGCCAUGGGCCAAGUUCAGGAGCCCAAUAAUGGUGGGGGUGUUCACGCUCAUCACCCAGGCUACCGUUAAAGCGUGCGCGUAUCCACCACCCACCCGUCCCUCUUGGUGUGUUUUCCAAAACAGCCACUUUCAGCUUCUGUGGUUCAUUCUCUAUUUAAGAUCUUGCAAGUGAUCAAUUAACAUUUUAUUGCUCCUAGGGAUGUUAAUGAUUAACCGUUAACCGACAAUAAGAAUUGAUAAGACCGAUUCAGUACUCUCAGUUGAAAACUACUGUUGAAAAAAACUAUUCCAACAAAAAUAAGUUAACAUUUUUGCAUGAUUAAAAGAACAAUAGGCUAUACAAUGCUAGUUAAUUUGCUGGUGCUAACUUUGAACCAGCAAGUUGCAUUUCAGGCUGCUCUUUUUUUUUUUUUCUUUCUCCUGUUAAGUUUGAGGCUCUCUGCUGAAACAACGCUCGCAGCGGAGAGCUACGCGACACCUGCUUCUGUAUCAAUGAGGACCGGCAGGUUAAAAUGGGCCCGUCCUACGCGCGGCAUACCAGGCAGACACGCAGCUGGGCACCUGGCCAGGUGGAUGCGGUGGAAGACGGGCUCAGACUUGCGUCGGCUGCACGUGUCCACGACGGUGAACGGAACAUUUUGUCCGUGCGACUGGUACAAGUCUGCAGCUGAACCGCGGGAGUGCCGAAAGUUAUCGGACGGGUGAACCCCGUUGUCGGUUAACGGUUAAUUGUCGGCUAACGAGGGCUGGCUAUCGAAGAAUCGGACGAUUAGCAUCCCUAAUUGCUCCAGAACUCGAUUUGUAGACCCAGCAGGUUGUGACGUUUCAAAGUAUUCCUCAGGUCUUAAGCCAUGUCGUACCUUUGUUGCAGAUGAAGGGUUUUUGAGAUUGUCGUCCACUGUUGAGUAGAAUUCCUCUUUUCAUCACUGGCAUGGAUGUGCUGCUCUUUGUUCAUGUAUAUAUGGUGUUCUAAAAUAUUAAUUUGCAGCUGAGAAUAUGCUUGCCAUGUGAUCGUCACAGUGCUUUUUCUUGGUUGACAUGGAACAACUCAACUUUUUUUUUUUUUUUUUUUUUCUUCAGCAUUUGUGGCCUUACAACUGCCCAAAGGCAAGAUUUAGGAUGUCCUUGUGUAAUAUUUUUAUUUGCAAUUAUUUAUCCUCUUGACAGGUUUGUGAUCCAUUUUAAAUAAGGUUACUUGUAUAUGCAAUUAGUAAGACUGUUGAUAUAAUAAGGUUGUGAGGCGUACACUCGUUGACGAGCCACAACUCCCAUCAGGAACCCGACAUGGUUUCUGAACUGCACCGUGAGUGGUUCAGGCACUUUUUGCGUGGUUCCGCAGGUGAUCAGUGUGCAAAAACGGUUAACUACCACUGUUAAACCGAACUUUAGUAGAGAUGCACCGAUCCGUAUCACUGACAAUGGGGCCGAUCGAUUCAAUUCUCCGUUUAUAUACAUUAUUCAUUACAUACCGGGAUUUAAAUGAGCAAUAUGUUGCUGCAUUUUGAAGUUUUUUUUUUUUUGCUUAGUUGCCGCGGCAGGAUUUAUUUUAAUUAAUAACAAUUCAGUAAAUGUAUGUAUGUAUGUUUUAGUUAGGAAAGCAGUGUUUGAGUCCAGCCUGAUGUUGCCUGUGUAAUCCCAGUCACUUCAUACAACCGAGCCGUACCCGACUCAGAAAUUGUCAGUUGAUUCGGAUUUGGCUGUUUUUAAUACGAAUAUUAUUGGAAAAAGUUGCAUCGGUGCAUCUCUAAAUUUUAGUUUAAAUAAAAAUAAGACAAAAUCAGCACUGGCUAACAUGUCACAUUCUCCAUGUAGUUUCUCUUAGGUUUGGGAAGUCUAAAGUGCCCUCUUGUGUCUUCUAUUAUGAGAAUUGCUUUUGAAGUAGUUAUAUUAUUAUUAUUAUUAUUAGUUUUUUUGUCGUAUUUCCGUAGACUGUCCUACUUGAACUGUAGAAAUCACUUUUUAAAUGUUAUGCCUAACAUUUGGCAAAAGGAGCAGAAACUCCAUUAGCCCCUUAUUUGUCUGUAGCUAAUGUGAAACAGAAUGGCAUCCCAUUAAUAUUAGAAUGGUGUGUAUGUGAAAAGCAAAAUUGAUCACUUGCAAGCAUGCAAGUUACUACAAAUAAUGCAAGCUAGGGAAAUGCUUCACUUCCCUUCCAACACAUUUCCUCGCCACUUUACUACUGUAACACAAGUGAACUGACGUGGGGUGGACAUUAUCCGUGUGGCGUGUGGUGGGCCAAUACUCUACUAAUCACUGGCCUUACCCUGUGUUGUUUUUCUGCUACCUAUAAAAGAAGAAAGUGAACAUUUAAUGUAGGUUAUGUCUUUGCUAGAUGUGUCUAGCAUGAAGCUCUGGACCCAUUUCCUCCUCUGAGUUCUUUUUCGGGUUGAUGUUGCCUGGGCAUAUGUUGCUCUGCUAGCCUCAAGCCUUCUGGAAAAAGCCUUAAAUGUCACAGUAGAUAUCCUCUAUUUAAUACUUCCCUUAACUGACUUCCUUUGCCGGGAUCCCAACUUAAGUAUAUGGCUUCAUUGUGAGAAGUUAUAUAUUUUCUUUUAUUCUCUGAGCUUUUGGCUUCAUUGGAAAAUGUGUACCGUCAGAUCAGUGGGCGGUGGUCAUAUGUCUAUGGGCAGUGUGUGAAUGGGUGAUAUUGCCUUAAAUGGAAAUAUUAAGGUGAUGUUACUCGGACUUUAUCCUACGGUCUCAAAUGUUGCCUAUCAAGGAUUUUAAAGGGUCAUUCGUUGUUUUGUAUUUCAACCAGGACCCUAUUUUCCCCAUGCAUUGGUGUUCAAGUGACAAAUGUGAACGUAAAUCUUUGAGAUGGGUCCCGUAUCGAGCGAGGAACACUACAGCGGCAGUCACCAACGGGGCUGCAGCGUUAGCCUCUAGGGCAAAUGCGCUAGUUUCCGUCCACUAAAAGUGCAGUUUUUGCCACCGAUGCUCAGGUUGUUAUUCUAAGUGUCUGAUUAUGGAAAGGAUCCCCACAGAGAUCGUGUUGUUAACGAGUAAGACCCUUUUUGUUUAACGUGAAACCUCUGCGAAAUCUCCAUCACCAAACCCAGACGCCAUUUUAAACCGUACUUUCGUGGCGUUUUUCCACUACGUGGUACCUGCUCGACUCGCCUUUUUGGUUUUCCAUUAUGAAAAAAGAAGUCCCCUGCACUUGCCGGCAGGUACUUUUUUUAGUGUCACCUCCGUCGAGGUUCCCAGCGAGCUGAGGCAAUACCAAAAGGUGACGUGAGAA